UCUGUACUAAGCACCAGCAGUAUUUGCUGAGUAUUCUCUGGCUUUCCUGUCCUGCACCCUCGGGGUUGCAUCUUGUGGGUCUUUGGGACUCUGCUGUGGCUGCAGUUGUCUUGAGAUCUCUAAGCCAGAGUGUGUCACUUCCUUUAGGGUGGUUCUGGAGGCUUCAGGAAGAGUGCAUUCUGCUGUGUACUGAGCUAGCUGGGGGUGAAAUAGUCCCUGUUGGAGUCUGGGGAGCCUGGCUCUGUCCUGGCUUUAUUCUUUCUGUUGGUUUUUCUGGGGCCAGCUCCCUGGGAAGUGCCAUCCCCCUGGCUUUUUUAGAAACUGAAAGAUGGCAGUGUGCCACCCCUUCCCUUGACUGGCCCAGGGGUGGGCCAGGUCACACACUGCCCCAUUGUACUGUGCUUUGACGCAGCUCUGGUUGUAGCCUCUGAUCCCUGGGCCAGCCCUCUCCCAGCCCCUUUGCUUGGAGCCUGUGGGAAUAAGCUCCGGAGUUGGGCUGCUCACAAACCAAGCUGUCUGUUUAUAUGGAGUGCCUGGAGGGCGUCUGCCAUGAGUCUGUCGCUAACCAUGCUAACCAGGAGAGCUGGCUGGUUGGGGAGAAGACACUAACCCUGAGCUUUUGGCUAGAGGAAGUGGAGGGGCUGUGGGAUGUGGAGAGCCGAGGGCUAACUCUUGGACAGCGGAACAGAGAGAGCUGCCGACAAACAGACGCAGGUUGAGGAGCACCCAACUCCCAGAAUGACCAGCGCAGCCCCUGCUAAGAAACCCUACCGCAAGGCACCGCCUGAGCAUCGGGAGUUGAGGCUGGAGGUUCCUGGAUCGCAGCUGGAGCAGGAGGAGCCCCUGACUGAUGCAGAGCGGAUGAAGCUCUUGCAGCAGGAGAAUGAGGAGCUUCGCCGGCGCCUGGCUUCAGCCACCAGGCGCACUGAAGCUCUGGAGCGUGAGCUGGAAAUUGGGCAGGACUGCCUGGAACUGGAGCUGGGCCAGAGCCGCGAGGAGCUGGACAAGUUUAAGGACAAGUUCCGCAGGCUGCAGAACAGCUACACAGCUUCCCAGAGGACCAACCAGGAACUGGAGGACAAGCUGCACACGCUGGCCUCUCUUAGCCACAGCUGGAUUUUUGCAAUCAAGAAGGCUGAGAUGGAUAGGAAGACACUGGACUGGGAGAUUGUGGAGCUGACCAACAAGCUGCUGGAUGCCAAGAACACCAUCAACAAGCUGGAGGAGCUCAAUGAGCGGUACCGGCUAGACUGCAACCUGGCUGUGCGGCUCCUCAAGUGCAACAAGUCUCACUUCCGUAACCACAAGUUUGCUGAUCUGCCCUGUGAGCUACAGGACAUGGUUCGGAAACAUCUGCACCGUGGUCAGGAGACUGCCAGCCUAGGCCCUGCCCCCAGCCUGGCACCAGGGGCCGUGGUGCCCACCUCGAUCAUUGCCCGGGUGUUGGAGAAGCCAGAGUCUCUACUGCUCAGUUCGGCUCAGUCAGGCAGUGCUGGGCGCCCCUUGGCUGAGGAUGUCUUUGUGCAUGUGGACAUGAGUGGGGGUGCCCCUGGCGACCCAGCCAGUCCCCCAGCCGCCGGCAGCCCCGCACCCCAACCCAAUGGAGAGUGCCGCUCUCUGGGUACUGCUGGGGGCUCCCCAGAGGAGGAGCUGCCCCUGCCCGCCUUUGAGAAGCUGAGCCCCUACCCUACCCCAUCUCCUCCACACCCACUGUAUCCUGGCCGCAAGGUAAUAGAAUUUUCUGAGGAUAAGGUGCGAAUCCCCCGUAACAGCCCCCUGCCCAACUGCACUUAUGCUACCCGUCAGGCCAUUUCCCUGAGCCUGGUGGACGAGGGGAGUGAGCAGGCCCAGCCCAGCCCAGCGCCCAGCAGCCCUGCCUCAGCCCAGGCCUCACCCCACCACCAGCCCAGCCCUGUGCUCCCAACACUCAGUGCCCCAGCCAGCUCUGCCAGCUCUGAGGAAGACCUGCUGGCCAGCUGGCAGCGGGCGUUUGUGGACCGCACUCCACCACUUGCCACUGUGGCCCAGCGCACAGCCUUUGGACGGGAAGCACUCCCUGAGCUACAGCGCCAUUUUGCCCUUAGCCCCCCUGACAGAGAUGAGGAGGUUCAGGCACCUUCAUCCCCACCCAGUGGGAGUGGGCUUUUGCUGCCAACAGAACUUGACUCUGGCCUUCCCAGGGAGGAGGAAGAGGAAGAGCUGAACCUGCCCAUCAACCCCGAGGAGGAGCGCCAGAGCCUGCUGCGGAGUGAUAGUGGCCCAGAGGAGGGGCCUGGCACUUCCCACACUGAGGGCAGGGCCUGGGCACUCCCCAGCUCCAGCCGCCCCCAGCGUAGCCCGAAGAGGAUGGGGGUGCACCACCUGCACCGCAAGGAUAGCCUGACCCAGGCCCAGGAGCAGGGCAACCUGCUCAACUAGGACCCCUGCUUGCCUGCCUGCCCGCCACUGCUGCACUGGGACUGCAGGGAGGCCCUACCCUGCAGCUCAGGGUCCCCUGCCCAGCCCAAGCCCUUGAACCCUCCCCCAUGCCUGCAGAGCUCUUCCUGUGUGGGUGGGGUCAGGCAGUGGGCCACACCAGGCCUCUCAGAUGCACUGACAAUAACUGGCACCAGCUUGCCUCAUGGUUUUUUCUGUUUCUCCUUGGAAUAUUUAUUCUCCAAAGGUAACACGCAGCUGGGCUCAAGACCUUUCUUCCAGUCAGCCCAAAUUGGGCUGUUCUGGGGAGGAGCUGAGGGUUUAUUUCAUCAGUGUUCAUGCCACCCUCCUUUCACAUCCACGAGCUGUGUUGUGUUUUUUGAGGUGGGGCAGUGUUGUCAGGAUUACUAACCUCCAAUUCCUAUUUUCUACUUGUUUCCCUCUUCCCUCAAAUCUGUGCGAGCUGUUGCCUUCAAGGGGCCCUUGGGGGAGGAGGGAGAGGACUGACUCAGGGCUCCCCUCUGCUGGCUCCAUCCUCCCUCUGGAAGGGAGUAGAGGGUGGGAUUCAGGGGUCUCAAGCUGGACUCAAGGUGAGGCCUGGCCCCCUCCCAGCCUUGGCUCUAGACUGUUACUCCCAGCUUUGGGAAAUUUUCUCACUGAUGACUAUUUUAAAAUUAAAUAAAACUAUUUUACUGGUA